AUGUCGCCUACGCCCAAGCCUGCGCCCAAGAACCAUCGGUGCGUCGGUGGCUGUGGGAAACGGAAGAAUGCGAACGAGUUGCUGAAGGGUGUGUGCAAGACAUGCCGAAGCAAGGCCAACAUGGCGGCAAAAGCUCGAGCUCCAGAGCUCGUCGCACCGCCGCAGCCCGAGCGUCCGCCACCCGUGCGCUACUGCUUGGGUCUGCCGUCCGAUGCUGCGGUGCUUCUCGCGGGCCACGAGCGCUACGGCAUGCUACCGAGCGAGGGCACACCGCUCAUCCAGCACAUUGUAUUUCGCUGCUGCUUCCGCAUUGUGCGGCAAUGGCUCGAAGAUGGGCUCCGUGGCAAGGAAGAGCAACGGGCACUACAACCCGACCAAGACAACGACACGGCGAUGCGCGAGGUCCACGGAUUUGUCGGCUACGCACUCGCCAACCAUAUCCGCCGCUGCAAAAAUCGCAUCAAUCGCAUUCCGGACGCCAAGAGGGCCAGCUCUGCCAGCGCCCAGCGCACGACCCGCACGAUGAAGGCGCUCAUGAUGAUCCGCGUGCUCGCCGACGAGAUCGACGGCGACGUCGUCUCAUUCACGUCGGAAGCUCUGAUGAUGCUCAACAAAGGUGGUAUGGCAUUCGUCCACCGCGACUUUUUGCCGUGGGCCCAGCGUCUCAUGCUUGUGGUGCGGUCGACCUUCUCGCUCUCGCGCGGGAACGAGUCGCUGGCUGCAACGGCCUCGUCGGUAACAAGCGACGACGUCCUACCGCGCCUGUUCGACGAAGCGUGGACCAAGGCGUUUGAUCUCAACGAGAGCCUCCUCCACGACACGAAGCUGCGUGACAAAUUGCACAAGGCUCUGCAGCUCUCAGCCAUGCAUGCGCGCAUUGGUGUUGUCGUUCACCGAUUUUCGGCCCAGUACCUCGGCCGCCACGUUGACAAGUCGGGCACCCUCGCGCUGCGCCAGAAGCUCAAGGCGGAGACGGGCAAGGCACCACAGGCAUCGCAAGGCAAGCGCAAGGCGCAGGCACUAGUAGCGGUAUCGGCACCGGCCAAGAGUUACCAGAUGAAGAUGGCAAAGACGAUGGACCCUACCGCCAAGCUCAACGCCAAGUAG